UCUCAAAGGCACAUUUGAUGAUUUGUUGGCAAAAAAAAAUUUUUGUCAACCUAUCCGUUCUGCAAGACCGACUUCAGUUACACCUACCAAUGCCUCAAUAGUGAUAAUCGAUGAUGAUACGGACUACACAAAUGCUCCGAGGAAUUAUUCAAAUUUCUCGCGACAAAGAAAUGCCUCUAUUAAUCUAAAUGCAUAUCCACGAGACGAUGUUUCUGCCGAGAUGCACCAAGGAUUCGGACGCGAGUUUGACACAGCCACAACAAUCUUGAGGCGACCAGUGCCCAUAUACCCUCCAGUUAUGCAGAGAAAUCAUGUGACCAACGGGGUUCACCUCUCGGACACUUAUCAAGAUUCAUCGCAUGCGGACAUUGAUACUGUACAUUCUCUUCCACCAAUAACAUCCUUCGAAUCAUUCCCCUCGCCGCCAAAAGACCAUACAUUGCCCGGAAACCAUUCCGAAUUGACGAGGCCUCAUCCAGGUUUGGGUUCAUUGCCAACAUUAUCCUCCGAGCACUUGACAUUGCCACCGCCAUGGACUCUUCCCCCCAAAAAGCCAAUGUCCAUGCCAAUAUUCGAUUCUCCUUCAGGAAUGCCGAUCUUACUUCCUCCUGCGCCAGAUGUAGGCAACCCUUUAAAUAAUAGGUUGAAAUCUAUUGCACCCCGAUUUGACGAUUCGAAGAACAUGACCUCGAAAAUGAGUAACGAUUAUCCACUGUUACAAGAUAUUAAUUUUCAAACCGACAAACCCUCCUUUGCGGCAACGACCUUUCCCUCUCCCACAUCAUUAUCCCCGAAAUUAAAUCCGCCGUCAAAAAUUGAAAAAUCAAAUAAUACCUUGAACAAUUUUAACCCACCCACGCCAGCUUGUUCGCU